CUUAAAUUAUGUCGAUAUAAUUCUAAUGCCGUGAUUUUUUUCUGAGAUUUAUCCAUUAUUUACCAUGAAAUUUUUUAAUCCCAGUAAUCAAGUUCGAUGGAGGUCUAUGAUAACCUUCAUCGGCAUUUAAUCAUGAUGACUACAAAGAUGCGUUUCCAUAGGAAGCAAAGAUUACUUCAUAAAGAAGAAAUAAAUCGAAUCUGAAAUUAUUUGAGUUAACGGAACAAGAGUUAACUCAUUAUGGCUUCUGGUGGUAUCGCCCCACCACGAGUUUCCUAUAUCUUAGCUGAGUUAGAAGAUGUUGAUGCUGUUUUUGUACCAAUAAAAACAGCUAGUCGUGUCAAGUAUACUUGCUUUGACGUGUCUCGUCAUUAUAUAGUUUUUGGAACCAAUGCAGGAGGAGUUGUUUUUUUGCAACAUGAUACUCUAUCAUAUAUAAAAACUGUGACUGCAAAGGAAGGUCCUGUCUGUCAAGUUGCCUUGUCUCCUGAUGAAAAUGUUGUUGCUUUUGCCACUAGUCGAGGUGUUACUGUCAUUAUGGAACACAAUGCAGAGCGUGGAACUGCUCAAGCUCAGAGAUUACAAAUUUCAUUUGAACAUCGAGGAGCAGUUGUGACAGCUAUGCAGUGGAAUGUAUCAUCAUCGAAACUAUACAUUGGAGAUGAUAAAGGAAGAGUUUCUGUUAUAAGUGUUUCAACUUCAAGGACUAGAAAUAUCUUUCAAGUUCCAACAACAACCCUCAUGAAAUUGGAUUCAAAAGUAGUGCAGUUAGAUUUUGCUCAAGAUCAUUUAUUGGUCUCUACUCUUACUAGAUGUCAUCUUUGUGAUACAAACAAAGAAUUAUUUAUGACUAUUGGGAAAAAACUUAGAGAUGGUGAAUAUGGAGCUUGUUUUUACCCCGGAGUGAGGUCUGUUGAUCCAUGUACUAUAUAUUCUGCCCGUCCAGGCUCAAGAUUAUGGGAGGUAGAUAUAAAAGGAAAUGUAUGUUGUACUCAUCAAUUCAAAGCAGCAUUGGCUAUAAAACCAGAAAAAUUAUAUACUUUUAGAAAUGAAAUCAGUAUAGAUGAAGGAGAUGAAGAAUACAAACCUCAGGCUACAAAUUUUCAAAAACUUCUUUUAAUAUGGCCAAGCACGGAAGAUUCGCCAUUUGUAUUUACCUGGAACAAUCAAAGAGUUUUCAUUUUUGAUCCAAAACGAGCUGAAGUUAUUCUAUGGAAUGAAGAUAUUAAAGGUGUUAAAGAUGCCAAAUGUCUAAAAACUGAUGUAUUUGUACAUUUUAUGGAUGGACGAUUUGCCAAAUAUACUUUGAUGACUGUUGAACAAGGUAUCUGUCGAUUAUAUCAACAGGGGCUAGCAAUUCAUGGAGCUCAAUUACUUUUACUUAAAAAGUCAUCUUUAUGUUCCUCAAGAUUAAAUAUUUAUGUUCCUGCUUCUUUUAUUGUUGACAUGUUACAGAAAGCUUCAGAGAUGGGAAAAUCAUGCUUAUUUUCUGGACUUACAUCUGUUCUUAACAGUUUAGGCUUAAGCCCUGACAAACUAUCUCAAUCUAGUCGGUCAAGUUCAGCAAUGUCUGAACCAGUUCGACUCAAUUCUGGAAUUUAUGUUGUUAAUAAAUUGAUCAGAGAUGCAGAUGAUGAAGCUUCUUCACCUGUUUGUCUGAGUAGAUGGCGUUCUGCAUCUCCUGUUUAUCGACAUAACAGCCGAUCACCUCAUUCAAGUCCUUCAAGAUCAAGUGACCGCACAUCAUACAGCCCUAAAAGUCAAAGAUCAAUAACUAUGCGAGAUUCUAAAACUAAAUCAUUUGGUACCAUAAAAACUCCUGAUAGCACUGAUUCUGGUACUUCAGGUAGAGUAUCAGAAAUGAGUGAUGGAUCACAAAGCAGUCCUUCUUUUAAAGACACUCAAAAUAAAGAAAAUUGGCAAUCAUGGACAGAAAUGCACAAUAACAAAAAUAAAAAUUCUCAUGAAAGUAAUAUUAAUGGCAGUGGUCCUGUAGAGGUGAAUAAAAAUGAAGAAAAUGAAAAAAUUAAUGUAGAAAAUCAUGUACACUCGGAAAACAAAAGCUUGCCAACAGUAAAUGGAGAUGCUUGUAAUAAUAAUGGCUCCAGUUCAAUUCCAAGUUUUAGUCUCAAUUUACGUGAUUUAUCAAAACCAAGCAAUGUAGAUGAAAAAAGAGUUUCUUUUAAAAGCAGCAUUUCUGUUAGCUCUGAUGAAACAACAACCUCACCAAAGCAACCAAGUGCCGUAGUGAAUGGAUUAGGAAAUGGGACUGAUUCUGUAUUUUCACCUCAGUAUGAGUGCCCGGAGAGCAUGUACGAUGAAUUUAAAUAUACGAGCAUGGGGUUAUAUGGUUCAAUGAUGAUGAUGCCCAAUUUAGAUAUGUCUCUUCUUUUUGGUUCAGAAGCAGAUUUUCAAAAUAUAAAAGACAGCUUGGCUAAUAAAUUUUCCUCUGGAAAGAAUAUCAUAAUGAGAAACUUAAAAGGUUUAGAGCAAAGGAUAUUACAAGAAUCUAAACCAGAACUUCUAGAUGUGAAGCCUAAAAGCUCUGAAAGUGCAACAUCUCCUGGUUCUCAUUCUGAAAUUGAAACAGAAAAAAGUUCAUCAGAAUUUCAUUCUAUUGAUAGACAAUUUUGGUCAUUUCUUCCCAAUAUUGAUUUAAGUGAACUUCUUGAAAUAUCUAAAAGUACUUGGUUAUUAACAAGAGAUGUAAAUAUAUUAUGUGAUAAAGAAAAAGUGUCCCAACGUUUAGAAAAAUGGGUAAAUUCCCUUCAUUCUGCACAAAUGAAUGUUAUCCAAGCUGUCUUAACAUUUCUUCAGAACUAUCAAAAUCCAGGAAGUCAUUCUUAUAAAGAUGAUGAUACAUUAAGGAGUAUCUGUAGUCAAAUAACUAGUCAAGAUUCUUCUCCAAGUGAGAAUUGUGAAAUUAGUGAACGCUUAGAUCAAGAAGAUCCAUCUGUCUCUGAUUCAAAAUCAUAUGAUGAUGAUAAACAUUUAGAAUCCACUCAUUCUCUUAAUGUGGAAAUUUCUGAUUCUAGCACCUUGAGAACAGAAAGUAUCCUAGGAAAGCUUGUAAACUUAGAAGAUUUUGUAUUUGUUUACAAUCCAUUUAAAUUAUCAUUAGAAGAUCAUCGUAUUUUAGCUGAACUAACAAUGAUGUGUUUCCAAAUGAAAAUCUUGGGUAACAUUCAUGAAGUGAAAGAAGUAUGUUCUGCUAUUCUAAAAGUAAAAGAAAAGAUAGAAGAGCUUCAGAAAAGUGGUGACAAGAAAGAACAUGACAUGACAUCAUUAUCUAAUCAUGAAUUAUCUGAUAAUCUUAGAACAAGUAGUGUUUUAAAACAUUCUGAAAGUGCUCAGUCUUUUCACAAACCUCAUCUUUCUGCUUAUGCUUCCAGUGAGAAACAAAUUCAGAAGAAGCCAUUAUGCAAUCAAACAAGUGAUCCAGGAAGUAAAAUGCCUAAUGGAGACAUAUCGAAUGUUGAAGAAUGCUCUGCAAAAUAUUGUGAUAGUGUAAAUGUGUCUGAUGGUAGAGAUUCUGAACUUGCAUCUUUUCUUCAAAAUUAUUUCCAUUUCUUUGAUGUUCAGAGAUUACGAGAAUAUCUAAGUAUAGUUGAUCAACACUGUUAUAAAACUUGGUCUGUGAUGUUAGCUGGUGUUGCAUUGUUAAAUGGGCCUGAUGAAUUUACUAGAAAAUUUAAUUCAGAUCAAACUGAAGCAGCUGCUAACUGUCUAGAAAGAACUUUUUUUGGUCCAAUUUUGAUUUCACAUCUUUUAAAGAUUUUCAAAAUUAACCCUACCAGAGGUGUAGAUUUGUGUUUGCAGAGGAGUUACCAUAUUACUGCUUUAGAUGUUUUAUAUCUUUCAAAAUCAUGUGAUUCUCAUCCUAGACCUUUUCUUGAAUAUAUUUCACGUAUUCUCAACUGCCUUCUAGAAUCACAAAGACCCAAAGUGCUAGACAAGUUAUUACAUCUUCAGGAAGUUAGACUGGAAUGGAUUAAUGGAGCUUUGCAGUCUGAAAUUGAUGUCUCAGAACACCUGAAGUGCAGUUGCGGAUGGCCGAGACCUGGAUCACAUCUUUAUCCUUGGAAAUCUUCCGAUUUAUUGUUGCAUAUAAUUUCUACUUCAAAAGAUGCAGAUGAUGAAUUCAAAGAAAAAUUGUUUUCUUGUGGGUUUUGGCCAGGUUAUCUUCUGUUGGUAAAAAAACAGCAACUGAAUGACAUUCAUAGAAAAUCAAUUAUUCAGUUAGGUGAUGUUAGUCUUUUAGAUGCUGAUAAUCAACUUGGUUAUUUGCCUUCCAAUUUAGAAGAAUGGAAAGAAUUUUUAGCUCUUUAUGCUCAAUCUUGUGUUGCUACAGGAAUGGUGACCUGCUUAAUAUGCAACAAACAGCAUAGCACAUGCGUAGAAUUUCCUCAAACCACUUCUAUUAAACCCUGGAAUGUCUCAUUGCAAUGGGAAACUAUUUGCAGGGUUGCCUUAUUACACCUUGAUUCCAUCAAAGUAUUAGAAAUCUUGCAAACUCUAGACAUUCCAAAUGGAGCUUUUUCAUCUGAUUUUUAUAAAUCCGUUAUGAGGUGUUUCUUACUGAAUAAGCAACAGAGUGCCUUAAUUCAUAGGACAUUAACUACAGUUGGUAGUUAUUUGUGGUCUCGUAAAUUGAAAACAAUAUCUCCAGAGGCACGGCUAAUUUUACAAAAAGAGAAAGAAAAGCCAGGUGCUUUUGCAGUUCAGACACCUAAGAGUCAAGAUCCUUCAAAAGCAGGUUGUUCCUAUUUAGAAGAACCAGAAAGUCAUUGGGGUGUAAAAAUCUCCUUAAAAUCAGUUUGCAAUGUUUGUAAAAUGCCAUUAACUUCCCAUUUGUCACCUUCUCAAGGUGGCAUUACUGUUUAUAAAUGUGGUCAUUCUUAUCAUACUGCUUGUUCUACUGAAGGAUUUUGUUUAGUCUGUCUCCAUUCUCAAGAUGAUGAUGGUUGAACUUUUUGUGCCAAAUGUUAAUUUUUACUUACUUUUAAAUUAAUUAAAAUCAGAUUUCUGAGAAUACUUUAAUAUUUAUUACUUCAUCUGUCUCCUACAUAAUUAUGACAAUUUAAGAAGCUUUUGAUAUCUUGAAAAUUUCAUUUAUUCCAUGUCCGUUAUCUGUUAUUGUUGUUUCAAAUAUUAAAUUGUUGAUGUAAAUUAUAAUUUAUGUUUUGUUUUUUAAUUAUGUACUUAAUUUAGUUCUAUUAGAAAUAUAAAAUGUGUAAUCUUGUUGCAGUUUGAAAUUUAGUUGUGUACAAUUUUUUAUUUUGUGUACUUGUGUUUUUGAUUGCUUGAUUCUUGAAAUUAAGCUGACUUCAUAGUAUAUAGAAUUUGUGUAAAAGUUCAAAGAUUAUUUUUAGUGCAGCUGUUUUACAUAGAAUUUCUGUUAUAUUCUGCCAUAAUUUUAUAACAAAUGAUUAAUUAUAUAUUUUCUUUUCCUUUCUUUUUCCUUUUUUAUAAAUUAAACUUUUUUUUUUUUAAUGCAUGAUCUAUUUGACUUGCUUGCUUUGUAUUUUAAAUAUUUUUGCUGUGAAGAAGGGUUAUCAUAAAUAACACAUUGUACUGUUGCACAUACUUUAUCUUUAGCACAAACUUAAUGCUAUUGCUAUUGCUCAAUUUCACAUUUAUGUAUACAUUUCCAUAAUAUGUUGCAAUUUAGAAAUAAUGCUCUUAUUAUUUACCAGACUACAAAAUAGGAAACGUGGUGAAUUGAAAUUCUACUUAUUUUUACUAUUUAGCAUAAUUACUGAAAUUUAUAUACACAGAAAGUCUGAUUAACCCUUUGCACUUCUCUGUUAUAAUAAUAGUAUUGAAGUAAUUUUUUUAACAUAAUUUGCCAAUUACAGUUAGCCAACAUAAAUAACACUUAACUGAGCCUUUAUAUUCGUAUAUAAAUGCAUCUGAUUGCAGUUGGGAAUUCAAAGGGUUAAUAUUAUUGGUUUUGAUGUGUUUUUGAAAAUCUUGCAUAGUUGUAAUGAUUUAUUUUACUUAUUUGCUUAGAAAAAUUAUCCUCAAUUAACGUUCAUAAAUAUCUGUUGAUUUUAAAAAAGGCCUCUUUUUUUUAUUUGUAGUGUAUAUUUUUUACUAUAAAUAAUUUUAUGGCUUUUAUAUCUUUAGAUAUUGCCUCUUACCUGAAAGUUUAGGUUAUAGUUAGAUGUAUAAUUAGAGAUUUACUAUAUCUUUAAAAAAAAGGUCAAUUAACUUUAAAUGCGUAGUAAAUAUUUUUAUAUGCCUUAAAGAAAAUAUUUAUUUAUAUACAUAGAUCUCUCUACUUUUGCUAAUUGUCAGACUUUUUUAAAAUAUAGAAUACACUUAGAUAGGCAUUGCAUUAUCUUAAUUGUUUGACACACUAAGCCUCAAAUAAAAUAUAGGUUUGUUUCUUCACUGUUUUUCUUAAAUUUUGUGACCUAAAGGAUUUAAAUAAUUACAUUUAAACAUUGAAAUGUAUUGAUUUGAUAUUUUUCCUGACAUCUUUUUUAUUAAUAUUCUUGUCUACUUGUUGAAUGACUGAUUGUUCGAAAGUUCCAAUUUUCUCAUUUUUGCCACUUAAAAGUAGUUGUUUCUGUCACUUAGAAACACAAUAAUAGUGAUGGUAAUGAUGCAUAAUAUGGGUGCAAUCAUAUUGUUUUAGAGGAUUUUUUAAUGAUGGAGAAAUGCUUUUGAUGAUCAAAAUAGCAAAUUUAUGAAUAUUUUUUCAAGUGUUUUUUUCUAUUUUAAAUGAAGAUUAUUGUAUAAUUUAUCUACUUAUUCAUCCAGAAAAAUUGCUUGAAUUUGAACAAUGAAAUAUUUCCUGAAUUUAUUUGUGCCAAAUAAAACUUUAAAUGCAUUUCAAAAUGAAAUGGGAAAAAUCAUUGCUUAAUGUAUUUCUGUUCCAUAAUCUGUUUAUUUUCCCCUUUUACAUUAAGUAAUUUUUUCAUACCUUGUACAUAUUAUAACUUAAGUAAGAUUUGAAGGAAAUCAAUGAUAUUCUCCUUAACUUUUCAUUUCUGUUGAAGUUUUGUAUUGAAACAAGGGGAAAAAGCAAUUUAAAGUUUCUUAUAUAUUUAAGAUUGGGGGUCUGUAUCCAGUGGUGGAUUUCCAUUUAGGCAGCAACCAAAGGAAGAAACUGCUUGUAGUUUGAUGGAAAAAUUGUUACUAGCCAAGUUGCCAAAAAAAAAAAUUUGAAAAAAAAUACCAAUUCUAUAAAUUAGAAAAAUCUUAGAAUAAUAUUAAUACUUCACUAUAUAAAAUUGGCAGCAUGUUUCUACCUGUAUGUGCACUAAAAUCCCUUUAUUAUAGUAUUUUAUAAAAAUCAAAUACCUGCUAAAAUAUAAUUGUUACAAACAAUCAUGCAGUGAAUACUUGAAUUGUAAUAAAUAAAUUAAUUAAAAUUAACACAUAUAUUUUCAUAAGGUUGCUAAAAAAUUAUUUAAAAUGCAUCCUUCAAGUGUUAAAAUGAGGAUCUAAAUGUUAUAAAUUGAAUUAAAAGAGGGACCUCAUAAUGUACACUGGCCAAGGUGGUAAAAUGUCUAUUGCCUGAAUGUUUUUCUUUCCAAAGUGCCCUAGUAAAAUUAUUUUUUUUCCUUGAAAUAUUUUUUUUAAUAAUGUUGUUUCAUUAGGCUUUUUGUUUUGUAAGAAGAGAUUAUACAAAGAAAUGCCUUUUUCUGUUAAGGAUUGUGAUUAUGUUUCAAUUUAUCACAAAAUAUAUUACUUUCAUAUUUUCAAAUAAAAUUAAGCUGUAGUUCCUCUCUAGAUUGAUCGAUCACUGCCAUUGUUGUGUAUUGUAUAAGCUUUACAGCAUCUGUUCUAUUUUCAUGUUUUUACUUAUUGUUUAUAUGUACUUAUUUUUUUACUGUAAAGGUUAGAUUAAUCUUCCAUUUUUUUAACUGCUCUGAUGAGAUGUGAAUUUAUGUUAUCACCAUAUAAAAAUAAAUUAUUCAAUAUAGUUAAUUAUUUAAAUAUCAUAUUUAAUUAUUGUAGUUUUAGUAUUUUAAAACCGUAUAUCUAUGCAUAUUCAUAGAAUUUUAUUGCAAAUAAAUUUUAACUUGAAUAAACAUUUUCACCAUGACGAUGUUUUGUAAUUUAAAACCAUUAUUCAAUUAUAUACUUUUUAAAAAAAGAAUAAUCGGAACUACCUCGCACAAAAGAUACAAUUUAUUACUUUUGACUUUCAUUUCAAAUCAAUACUUUUGAGUGCCAUUUAUUUAUCAAAAUAUUAUAAAUUUUGUAUAUUAUGAUUUUUUUUUGUUUGUUUGUUAAUACAUGUAAUUAAAUUAGUAUUUUCGAAUAUUUGUGAUUUUGGAAAAUAAAUGCAUUUAUGUCUUAAUUUGAUAAAUAUUCAUCCAAGAUAAUCGAAGUAUUUUUUUCUUCCUGUUUUUGAACAGGUUAUAAGUGUUUUAAUAGUCUAUGACAUGCGUCAGAUGUUUUGACAUUGACUUGUUAAAAUAAUAACAAAAAAAAAUGAAUUAUACAAACCAACAAAAAGAAAUAUUUGAUAUCAUUCAUCUACAAAUUUCAUUUUGUUUAUGCAUUAGAUUAUGUUUCCAAUACUACUAUUUC